CACACCACCGAAACUUUUCGAAAUUCCCCAACAAAAUCCCAGCCCCGGCAACCGCUGCCUCCACCCUCCAGUCCGGCGACCUCUCCUCCUCCUUUGCCAGCGCGGCGGCGGCAUGGGAGCGGAGUACCCCACCUUCGCCGACGUCUCCGGGGCCCGCGCCCUCCUCUUCCUCGCCGACUCCUCGCCCGCGCCGCCCCCUCCUCCGCCUCCUCCCGCUCUCAGCGACGAGUUCUCCUGUUACUCGGGCUCCUCCUCCUCCUCUUCCUACUCCGGCGCGUCGGCGAGGUCGUGCGUCUCCGACUCGGCGCGGCGCGGCCGCCCCGUCGACCCCCUCCGCGUGCUCUCCGUCGUCGCCUCCCUCCGCCGCAUCAACCCUAAGAUGCUCGCCGAGGCCACAGGCGCGCUGUUCCAUAGCGGGGCAGAGAAGAAGCGGAAGGGAGUGUGGAUCGAGGUCGACAGCUACGAGGACCAGAGCGAGAGGAGCAGCACGGUGGCCAGCGAGGGGAGCACCGUCACGGCCGCCGCGUCCGCGGGCUCCACGGCCACGUCGGGGAGAUGCCGCCGGCCUCCACGGGCGAGCGGCGGCGGAGAUGGUGGUGGUGAGAAGGCGCCGAGGAGGGCGGAAGUGAUCAUGCAGUGGUUUUCGCGGUCGCAAGCUGGGCCGGCCACGGAGAACGACAUCCGCGCCGCCGUCGGCGACAACUCCGGGACGAGCAAGGCGAUACGCUGGCUGCUGAAGCAGGAGGGUGGCUUGCGGCGUGCAGGCACUGGCGGCCUCUUGGAUCCGUAUGUGUAUAUGGUCGCAGGCUGACCCGGUGAAGUUAAUUAAGCUGUGUUUAUAGCAAUGGAGAUGUUUACUGUAAGGCUAUUGGAGAGGCCAAGUUAUCUUCUGAAGAGUAUUUAGUAAUUUCUGAAACCUGUUGUCUUAAUAUCUCAGUUUUGCCUUCCUGCAGAGAAGUAUAGGAUAGAAGUUAAGUUGUUAUGUUAGCACGAUGAAGAUAAGCUCUUGGAUUGAAGAUUGGAGAGAGAUAUAGGAUCUUAAGUAUAAGUUUAGUAUAUAAAGUAUAGUGAUGCUGUUAUUAUCAUGCUUCUUUGUUCAUUUAUGCUGAGAUAAUAUAUCAUAUAAUCGAAUACAACUUUUUGGAUAAUUGAAUAUAAUGACUUCAUGUUUCAGCCUCUUGGAUGCAAUGGAAUUUUAUUUUGGUCC